AUAAGACUAUUUAUUACAAGGCUGGGAUGGAGGUUCCUGGGAAAUUAGAUCUAGGAGCUGUAAAUGCCGAUGACUCGACAUUAGUGUGUCUCCCGUGUGAAAUUGAUGGUUUGAAGGAACCAGCUUAUGGCUUCUGUCAGGACUGCCAAGAGCAUCUAUGUGAAACAUGCUUCAAACAUCACAGACGGCCACGACCAAUGAGAAAUCAUGUCCUUGUUGACCAAGAAUCCAUGCCAAAGACCCAGGUAAAUGCACCUACAGCAUCUGACAUGUCUGGGGAUACGGCCGAUUUUUGCAAGAAACACCAAGACAAACCACUAGAAUUUUAUUGUCGGGAUCAUACAUCUGUGGCUUGUUAUGUGUGCGUUACAUUAGAACACAAACAGUGUAAGGUGGACUAUAUUCCUGAUGUUUCUGGAAACCUGUCUGAUGAGAUGACCGAUAUAUUAGAACAAAUGCAAGCAUUGAUAACAAAAUGUCAAUCAAACAUAGAAUAUGUUAGCAAAGCUGCGCAAAAUCUAGACCAGAGUCAUGCGAAAGUUGUUGAAGAUAUUAAAGUCUUCAGGAAAGAGAUAAAUGAAUGUUUGGACAGAAUGGAAACCAGAAUAUUAAAGGAAGCUGACACGAUAGUAAAAGAAGCAAAGUGUAGUCAGGAAACCGUAAAAUCUGCUCUCUUGGAGAUAACUGAAGAACUUGAAUGUUCACAUUCGUUGUUAAGGUCAUUACAAGAACAGAACAAGCAAAAUAAGCUUUUUAUCGAGAUUAAUAACGUCGGAAAAAGUCUGCCAAUACUGACAGAUAAGAAAAAGGACGUAUUGCAUGCAAAUACAACAAAGAAAUGUAUUCAAUUUAACCGUAACGCAAGCAUUAUGGAUUUUCUUAAGACCGAGAAAAAUUAUGGAACAUUGUCAACAUUUGUAUUACCAUGCCCAGAUAGAGCAAUAUAUUUACAAUAUAUGGAUACAGUAGACAUGAAACAGACAUCAGAAAAAGAAAUAAGUCACAUUUAUGGUAUGGUAAUGAUUGCUCCUACGAAAAUGGUUGUUGCUGAUAAUAAAAACGAAAAUAUAAAACUGAUCGACGUUGAGAAAAAAGAGGUUGUAACAGAGGUAAAGAUGUGUUCAUAUCCGUUGGAUGUUACAACUCUUCCAGACAAAAAGCUUGCUGUAACUUUGUUCAAUGAAACGUUUGUUCAGAUAUUGUCUUAUUCUGACGCGAAACUUUCAUUAGAUCAACGUAUAUAUGUAAGAGAAACAUGCACUGGUGUUGCUUAUGGCCAGGAUAAAUUGGUUGUAUCUUGCUGGGGAUCAAAGAAAAUAAUCAUUUUGAAUCUUCAAGGAAAAAUUCUCAAUGUUCUUGGUUCUCCUGCUAUAUUCUAUGGGCCUGUUACAGUUUUGAUCAGCAAGGAUGAAACGUUCAUAUAUGUAUCGGAUGCAGAUUGGAGUCAAAAUAGCAAGGUUUUGAAAAUGGAUUGGAAAGGAAAUAUUAAAACCGUUUAUGAAGAAUCAAUAUAUAAAUCACCUUACGGUCAAAAACAAUUAGAUGAUGAGACUAUAGUAGUGUGUUACAGAUACAGUAACACUAUUCUGAGACUGACAAGCAGCUUAAAAAAAUGUGAUAUUAUUGGACUAGAGAAAACAAAUAUUUAUUGCCCAACAGCUGUGACAUACUGUGACAGAGAACAAAAACUGUACGUAAGUUGUUCAUCAGAGAAAAACAAAAUUCAGGCUGAUAUUGUUAAAGUAUUCCAUGUGAAGUGGAUAUAAACAUUACAAAAGAAUAUGCCAUCAUAAAAAAACUCUUUAUAGAAUUUAUAUUUUCUUUUCUUCGUAAACUGAUACCUGAUGCGUUUGCAGCAUCAGGUUAUGUUUAGUGGGGAAUUUAACAGGUUUCAUGCAUAAUUCGGUCCAUUAUAGAGCAAUGAGUUUUUCCUUAGCAUUGGCAAGUGCAUUCCAAAUGUUAUUGUACAAGGUGAAAUUGGCUAGAAUCAUUAUUGAUGGAAAACAGUUUGUUAUCUUUUGAAGUCGUUGUUUGAAUUUUGAUAGUUAAAGAGGAAAUAAAUCUGUAUUUGUAUGGAAUUUGAAUAAAGGCAAUAUAUUGUAAUAGAUUUUUAUUGUCAGAGACAAGUUUAGUUCGUAAGGAAUUAAAUGUACACUCAAUUGUAGUUUUCGUGAAAGAAAUUGAUAGAACAACUUACUGAUGCUUUCAAUGCUUUAUAUGAAUGUCAAACAGCUCAGUAAUAUAUUCAUUUGCAGAGAGUCACAGGUGUGAGUGGUGUGAGUGGAAGUCAAAUAAGCUUAGAACAUAUAUAACUUUUAAAGAUACUUAUGCUG